AUCAACACGUAGACGCCGGGUCUAUUUUUUUUUUGAUAAUAUAUAAACCGCCGGGCAAUACCGGGCGACUCAUAUGAUUCUUUUUUUCGAAAAGUGCUUCGAAUGAAAAAACUUUAUAAGGAUAUUGAUUUGUUGUUAAAUAUUUGACAAAAUGAAAUGGCCAAAAAAGUUAAGCUGGGAAGGUCAUUUAGAUUCCACAGAUCAAAAUAACAAUAUUACAAUGACAUCCGAAGAUCUUUUACAACCAGGGCAUGUUGUGAAAGAACGAUGGAAGGUGGUAAAAAAAAUUGGCGGCGGAGGUUUCGGUGAAAUUUACGAAGGAUUAGAUUUAAUUACUCGCGAACAAGUUGCGCUUAAAGUGGAAUCUGCCCGACAACCUAAACAAGUGUUGAAAAUGGAAGUAGCUGUCCUUAAAAAAUUACAAGGAAAAGAACACAUAUGCAGAUUUAUUGGCUGUGGUAGAAACGAUCGCUUCAAUUAUGUUGUGAUGCAAUUACAAGGUCGUAAUUUGGCAGAAUUAAGAAGAGCCCAACCGAGAGCUGCCUUCAGUUUGUCCACUAGUAUGCGAUUAGCUUUACAAAUUCUCAGAUCCAUCGAAAGUAUACAUUCUGUUGGAUUUUUACAUCGUGAUAUUAAACCUAGUAAUUUUUCAAUGGGUAGGCUACCGUAUAAUUGUAGGAAAGUGUAUAUGUUAGAUUUUGGUCUUGCCAGGCAAUAUACGACGGCAACGGGCGAAGUUAGAGCACCACGUGCCGCUGCUGGUUUUAGAGGAACUGUACGUUAUGCCAGCAUUAAUGCUCACAAAAACAGAGAAAUGGGCAGACACGACGAUCUCUGGAGUUUAUUUUACAUGCUAGUCGAAUUUGUUAACGGCCAAUUACCGUGGAGAAAAGUCAAAGAUAAAGAACAAGUUGGUUUGAUGAAAGAAAAAUAUGAUCACAGAUUAUUUUUGAAACAUUUGCCGUCCGAUCUAAAACAAUUUCUCGAUCACAUUCAGAGUUUGGAAUAUUCUGAUAAACCCGAUUAUCAGAUGUUGAUAUCUCUGUUCGAGCGUAGCAUGAAACGAAGAGGGGUGAAGGAAUCAGAUCCGUACGAUUGGGAAAAACCGACGCAGACGGAUAAUCAAAUCGUAUCGCAACCGACAGUGACGGGUACGACGACGCAACAGGCCACCGCUCCCACGACCGUUCCCAGACAUACUAGACACACACCCACCACUGAUAAUAAUCAAGAAAACAUCGAACCCACCGACAACAAAGAGGCCCAACUAGACGCGAGAAGACGUAUAGAAACAGAAAAUACCGCACCAUUAGUAACCGAUACCCAAAUAAAUGCAUCCAGACCAAAUGUUGACAAAAACUGCAACGCAACUGCAGUAGAACAAGUUCAAGCUCGUAAACGUCGUGCGACAUCCCACUUGGACCAACCGCCUGAUAGGUUAGAUAAUGAAGCCGUAGCUUCGGCCAAAUCGACGUCGGACGCCGUCAAACCGGCGCCUUUACGUAAAAGUCAAUCCGGUGUCGCUACCGUGGGUAGAUUACGCGUCGUUACACCGCCCACGCCGGCUCAGCAAGUACAAACUACUGCCAGUUUGGUAGAUUCGCCCGCUACGCCGGAUCAAGAAAAACCUAGAAGGAGACCACCGUCGGCUGUUAGGAGUUCACGUUCCGGCAUGAGGGAUCAAAGUUUGACCCAAUUUGCUGUUAUGGACGACGAAAAUGUCAGUCAGCAGAUGACCAGAGGGGGGGCUUUAACGUUGGCGAGUCAGUGGAAGUCUCAGUUCGAUGAUAGUGAAGAAACAACUGAUAACGAAUGGAAACCGGAAAGUCCGGAACAUAAGGGUACCUUAGGGGUGCAAUCCGAAGCCGCCGCCGCCGCAGUUUUACCUCCGAUAUUGAGUAGAAUAAGCGAAGAUUCACGUACUAGUCAUAGAAAGUAUAUAAAUAUAGCCGGUAUUGAGGAAUAUCCGGAAUUAGUCGGUGGACUUCCUAGAGCUUGGUCGACCCCUUGCUUAGGUCCUUGCGUACGGUCUAAUUUGAAACCGCCGCUUUUACAACAAGCCGCUUUCGACGAUCUCGUUUUUAAAGUAGACGUCAUGAGAAACGUUGCUUCGAAACAUUUAAUCAGCGAUCAAGACGAAGAUACCAAAGUGAUCAUCGAUUCGUAUAGAUAUUCCAGUUUACCUGGAAUCAAUCUUCCCGAUGUCGAAGGAUACAAGAACGACGACAAAAAUAUACAACGAGAUCAAAUCGGCGAAGAUGAAGGACUGCAAGAGGUGGCGGGAAAAUUAGAAAUAAGAGUAGUGCCAAAAGAGCAAUUGAAUAAAAAUAAAAUAUCUAGACCGCAAAAUUUGGUUUCGAAACCCCUGGUACAAAACGGCAAUCGAGAAGGACCUAACAACGAUAUCCAAAUAAACAGCAAGGAGUCGCCGCAAAAACCGAAAAUAGAAAGAACCAAAAGUAUUUUGAAACAGAGCAGCAAAGAAAAGAGCGACCUACAAGAAUUGUCCAGUCCGAAAAGGGAGAAUAUUUCGUUUGCUCCUGAGGUUUUAGAUAAUAAAUAUUAUGUGGAAUCGUUGGAAAAUUGUAACCCGAUGGUGAUAAAUACUGGAAUUCAAACGGCAGAAGAUCGCGAAACGCAGUGCGACAUUAAAAGAAACGUAGAGUUGGAUAAAAUUAAUACAGUGUGCGUUGAAACUGGUGGUGUGUCGCCCAAAACUAGUGAUAAACAAAUUAGUACUGAUGUUCCCGCUGUCAAAACUGAAGGCGAGACUAGCAGUACCGAGACGGAUCACAAAGUGCCGAAAGAAGACGCAUCUCAACAAGAAGAUAGUUUGGAAAGUUCAAAAAAGAAGAAGAUCUAUCGGAAAUCCAGCGUCGAUUCGGAUCGUUUGUGUCGAAGUAAUUCCCCGAAGGCCGUUUUGAAACCGUUAGAGGCUGUGAAAAAUAACGCAGGCGAUUCGAAAUCGUCUGAAAGUAGUUCGAGUACGCAGUACAGAAAAAAGGGAGGAGGCGAAGGUAGAGGGGAAAGUAGGGAGCAGAAGCAGAGGGUUAAGUGUUCACCGGGACACGAUCUCGGUACUAAUACUAAUAACGUUACGUUUGUGUCCAGUACUAGCAUUCCAGAGCAGAGAGAAAAAAGGUCUAUAGCGAAUGGAUUGAGCCCCGGAAUGGAUGAACAGUCUGAGUAUUACGAUGCCACUGAAAAUACUAUAAUGAAGGAUAAACGUCAGGAACAGGACGACGAGGAUAGCGGCGUCGAUAAUGCUAGUCAAAUUUUGAGAGAAACUUCGGUAAGUCCGGCGAUGGAAGGUCGUUUUUCGAAAAUUCCAGUAGCUGUUACAGGCAGUGGUCAACGUAUAGCGAAAUGUAUGUCUUGGUCGGGUGAUUUGACGCCGGGCCUUAGACGACGUAGACAAAAUGAAAAAUACGUAACCGAUCCCAGUCAGCUUAAGCUUAGAUUUAAGAGACAUUCUAGUGGCGGUCUACGGGUACGAGGUAUAUCGACAUGCCUCAUAGACGCUCCAGAAAGUUCGCCUGAAUCGUCGGAAGGACAACAACAACCGCCGCCACCUCCUCCUCCUCUUUCGCAAGGGGAUCCGCCGUCUGAAUCGCAGGUGCGUUGCCGUCGAUUCAGACCGAUCACAUAACCUAACAAUUUUGUUGUGAAAAGGGUGCGGGGCACUCUGCGGACGUGAUUUUUUAAUUGUUGUUGUGAUUCGGGGGUACAAGAUCUCGGCUUGUUUAGAAAAAAAAAUCUAUAUAUAUACGAGGUGCGAGAAAAUUAGUAGUUAUUACCUUCCAAGUUUUUCUUAGAUGCCUCGAAUAAAUACUAAAUCAAAAAUAAUCGUUACGCGACGUAUUUUUGGUGGAAAAAUUGUUUUUCCCAAGCGGAAAAUUUAUUGUUGAUGACACGGAUUUUAUAAAAUAUUUUUUUGCAAUCUUUUUUUUUCUUCAUGAAAUUGUGUUUUGGUUGUGGUGUUAUUUUCUUUCAAAUAAAAUCUCGAUACCAAUUUUUUUUGCUAUUUUGAGUCUUUUUUUUUUGUUUUAUCUACAAUUGCGCCAUUGCCAUAAAAUAAUUUAUAGAAUCUACAAAAUUUUUUCGAAAAUUCGAUUAAUAAAUUAUUUUUAACAAUCUAUAACUUAUUUUUUUACGAAUUUUAAGGCUGAUUUAAUAGAUCUCGAUAUAUAUAUAUACCUCACACUGUACGAUAGGUGGUAAAAACGCACGAUGUUUUUUUUUUGUUGAGUUAAUAAGUAGAAAAAACUUGUGAAGGGCUAAUUUCUAUUUUUUUUUCUUUUUUUUUUUGAGUCUCAUAUAGCAUUACUAUAGUAAUGCGAAACGUAUUUUAUAGAGAAAAGUGUCUUGUGUAACAAGAAAAUUUUGAAAAAAAAAUUAUUUAUUGUGAAAAUGUGAUUUUUCUCUAUUAAAAAAAAAAUUAAAAACGCGCUGUUUUUGAGCGGUGGUGUGACUCACCCGUUUUAUUAUUUUCUUUUUUAGUUUACGGUUUACAAAAAAAUUGUUGAAUCGAUUAAAAAAUUAACGAAAAUCGCGACAAAAUAUUCAUUUUUAAUUGAAAUUUUCUACUGGACAUAUCUCAAAAAUCUUUUUUUUUUUUUUAAUUUGAAUUGUUUUUCAUUUGGAACUUUUCUUGUCAAAAAUACUGUGGACAUCGUUUUUUUCUAAAAUGUUCCUGCUAAAAAACUUGUCUGAAACACCAAAAAAUCAUUUUUUUUUUUUCAUCAAAAUACCUGAAAUCAUUUUUCUGCGAAAUACUUCGAGAAAAAAAAUAUGCUUCAAAUUUUUAUGAAAUAUUUUUUCUAAAACUGUCUAUUUAAAACAUUUGAAAACCUUAAUUGGCCGAAGCAUGCUUAUUUUCUGAAACUCAGAACCACUUGAAAAUAUUAUGUUGUCUAAAGCACUUCUUUUGUCUAAAAUUCCAAAUGAAACAUUUGUGUCUGAAACACGUACAGUAUUUAUUUAUAUUUAUUUAAAAAACAUGUAAAAACAAGAUUAUUUCAUUUUAAAUAUUGUAAAGUUUCAUUAUUUACUGAAACACUUAGAUAAACAAAUGUAUUAACACUACGAAAAAAAUUAGUUUGAUUAAAAUUCAGGGAAAACAUUAGCUUUAUAUGUAUAGUACAGUAAGAAAAAUUGUAAGGGAUCGAAAUAUCGUUAAAUUUCAGUUUUAUAUUGAAUUUUUCAAUAUUUCUCUAUUCCUAUAUUAAAUUAAAACAAAAAAAUAAUUUUAAUUGAGAAUUCACAGUUUUCGUUAAUUUUUUAUUUUGUAUAUUUUACUGCGCUAAAAAAUAAAAAUUCUAGUCACCAGGUACUAUCUGUUAUUUAUUUAUUUAAUGUUUUUUUUGCUAUAUUUAAAAGUGGUCUUCUAGUCGAAUAGUAGUUUCUACAGAAGAAACUAUGUAUUAAAAAAAUGAAUAAAAAAUUUAAAUACUCUGUAAAAUAAUGAUAUUGCAAACAAAUACUAGCUAUAUAUAUAUAUAAAUAUAUGAAAAAAAAUUGUACUGUAACUUGUUAUUACUUUAUAGACUGCUAAAAAAUUGUUCUGAUUUUUUUCUCCAUUUUCUUUGUUUUAUUAUUAUUACUAGUGCAUUAUAAAUUAUUAUAGUUACAAAUGAAUCAAAUAAAAAUCUUUUAUUUAUGAAUA